GCAUUUUCCCCUCUUUCUCGAACCCUAGAACUCUGUUCUCUCUCUCGAACUCUAGAACUUUGUUCUCUCUCUCGAACUCUCUUGCUCUCGAACCCUCUUCUUUGUGGAGUCAUCUUCAUCAACCAUUCAUUCACCUCUCCUCUCCAACCUUCAGUCAGCUCUCGUGUCGAACAUUCGUCUCAAAUCUUCAGUCACCUCCCCUCUAGAUCGUCUCUUCUCUGCAGCUGUAAAUCAUUCUUCUCUGGAGCCCUAAAUUUGACGUAGUUGGAUUUUGACGAGGCAUCGAUUGAGGCUGCUGUGUUGCGGUUUAAGCUGAGACAUAGAACUUGGUGUUGCGAAGGCCGAAGGAACCACAAAAAGUUGCACUUGGUACCUGCAAUCCAGUAUACAACAAGGUUCUUUUAUCAACCAAAGCUCCUAAAACAUGGAUCAUGCUCAACCAAAUCGUUCAUGGAUGUACGAUAGGUGUCAUAGAGGAAGAGGUGCUUUGAAAGAGUCUUUUGAAGAGUUUAUAAGUAAAGCUUGUGAACAACAACGUUAUCGUAGAGAUGGGGGUCUUCGAUGUCCAUGUUUAAAGUGCGAUUGUACAAAGAUUCUGCACGAAAGAGUUGUGAAGGUUCACCUUUACAAGAACGGUUUCAAGCCUAAUUAUUUCAUUUGGGAGGAUCAUGGGGAAAUAAUGCCAGAAGAUCAUGUACAGAAUCAUGACAGUUCGAUGGCUGUAGAGACGGAAGGUGGUCAAAUUAACCAAUUUCAAACAAUGGAAGACAUGGUGCAUGAUGCUCUUAGGCAAAAUGAGUCGUGGCAAGCAUCUACUUCUAAUAACAUUGAAGAGGCUCCGAAUGAAGAAACACAAAGGUUUUUUAAUUUUUUGUUGGAUGCAAACCAGCCGUUGUAUGGAGGAGCAUCAGACUCGAAAUUAUCAAUGUGUGUCAGACUAUUAGCUUGCAAGUCAAAUUGGAAUAUUCCUAACCAAUGCAUAGAUUUUAUUGCAAAAAUGGUUAUGGAUGCAACACCCAUCAAAUCAGGUUUGCCUAAAACAUACUACGAUGCAAAAAAGUGUGUAUCAAAGUUGGGAUUACAAUCGCAGAGGAUUGAUUGUUGCGUGGAUGGUUGCAUGCUCUUCUAUGAUAAUGAAUAUGGUAAGAAUGAUGACGCGUUGCUUGAAUGCAAAUUUUGUGGAAAGCCAAGAUAUCAACCACGUAACACGGGAGCAACUACUACAAAACAAGUUCCUAUGAAAUCAAUGUUCUAUUUGCCAUUAAUUCCCAGACUACAAAGAAUGUAUGCCUCAACACAAACUGCAGGACAAAUGACAUGGCACUAUCAGAACAUGUCGUCGAAUGGUGUUUUGCGUCAUCCAUGUGAUGGAGAGGCUUGGAAGCACUUUGAUAGAGUAUAUCCUGACUUUGGUAUCGAGCCACGCAAUGUACGACUCGGUUUAUGCUCUGACGGUUUUAACCCAUAUGUACAGGCAUCAAAUAUACCAUAUUCAUGUUGGCCAGUUAUUGUGACCCCUUAUAAUCUUCCUCCAGAAAUGUGCAUGUCUAAACCUUAUAUGUUCUUGACAUGUCUUAUUCCCGGGCCAUUCAAUCCAAAGGUUGGCAUAGAUGUGUACUUAGAGCCCUUGAUAGACGAAUUGAAGAAGCUGUGGACGGGUGUGAUGACAUAUGAUAUUUCAAGGAAACAAAACUUUAUUUUGAGGGUCAUGCUAAUGUGGACAAUUAAUGAUUUUCCUGCUUAUGGUAUGUUGUCCGGCUGGAGCACUCAUGGUAAACUGGCAUGCCCACAUUGCAUGGAGCAUACAAAGGCUUUUAGAUUAUAUCAUGGGGCAAAAAAUUCAUGGUUUGACUCCCAUCGGAGGUUUUUACCGAAUGACCAUGCUUUUAGGAGGAAUAGGAAUGCUUUCAAGAAGGGGGAAGUGGAGAUGGAUGACGCACCACCAUAUCUUACGGGACCAGAAGUUUGGAAUAGAAUCAAUGGUUAUCCUAAAAUAACUGAAAAUGGUGCACCAAGAAUUGAUGGAUACGGUGAGUGGCAUAAUUGGACGAAAAAAAGCAUCUUUUGGGAUCUACCCUAUUGGAAGGAUAAUUUGUUAAGGCAUAAUCUUGACUUCAUGCACAUUGAAAAAAAUUUCUUUGACAACAUCUUUAAUAUUGUGAUGAAUGUUGCGGGGAAGACAAAAGACAAUGAGAAGGCCCGAAUCGAUAUAGCUUUGUACUGUAGACGAAAAGAUUUGGAGCUAAAAAGUCAUAGCAAUGGAAACAUGUAUAAGCCAAAAGCAAAUUAUACACUCUCAACAGACCAAACAAAACAAGUCUGUCAUUGGGUAAAAGGUCUUAGGAUGCCUGAUGGAUAUUCUUCUAACUUGUUAAGGUGUGUUGAUGUGAAUAGGGGAAAGCUCAUUGGGAUAAAAAGUCAUGACUGCCAUGUGUUUAUGGAAUGCUUACUUCCUAUAGCGUUUAGUUCUUUACCGUCUCAUGUUUUGAAUCCCAUUACAGAGAUAAGUCAUUUCUUUAGAGAUUUGUGUUCUACUACAUUGAACAAGGAUGACCUAGCGAAGAUGGAAGAAAACAUUCCAAUCAUUCUUUGCAAGAUGGAGAGAAUAUUUCCUCCCUCAUUCUUUGAUUCUAUGGAACAUCUCCCUAUCCAUCUUCCAUAUGAGGCACGACUUGGUGGACCAGUCCACUAUAGGUGGAUGUACCCAUUUGAAAGGUGACAAUAUGACAUGUUAUUGUUCAAUUUACUAGGCAUAAUUCAAAAACCCUAACACAUCAGUUUCAAUUUUGUAGGUUCAUGGGAUAUGCUAAACGUUCAGUAAAGAAUAAAGCUAGAGUUGAAGGAUCUAUUUGCGCAUCAUACUUGCACAGAGAAACAACUCAUUUUUGUUCUCACUAUUUCAAAAACUUCAUGUUAACACCACAAAGCAGUAGAAAUGAAGUAGACAUUCAAAUAGAAAGCUUUACGACAACAUUAUUAGUGUUUGACCAACCUGGCCGUCAUUCUGGGAGGGAAUCAACACAUUGGUUAAGUGAUGAAGAAUUGAGAUCAGCUCAUGUUCAUGUAUUGAUCAAUUGCAAUGAAGUUGAACCUUACCUUGAGUAAGCCUCCCAAAAUAAAUUAUAUUUCCCAAUUCUUUCAUUUGAUAUAAUUAAUUGUCUUUGAUCUAAUAUGGUCGUACAUGUCGACAGCUCAUUCUUGCAUACCUAUCAACUAUCUGAGUCAAACAGUUCGACAUACAUACAUACUAAUUUCCCAUUGUGGUUCAGGCAAAAAGUACGACUUCCUAUCAUUCUUACACAUUCAUUUCUUCCUUAAUUCUUUAAUCAUUACAUUGUUGAAUAGUUUCAUAUCCUGAAUGGUUGUAGGUUCAUAACGAUCCUUUAAGUGUGAGGAACCAACAUCUUAGAGAUUUAUCACUUGGUCCUUUAAGGUGUGUAAAGGAAUGGCACACAUUCUUUGCUAAUGGAUACAAAUUUCAUACCCAUGCAUGGAGUCAGGGCAAGAAGACAAUAAAUAGUGGGGUUCAUGUUAAAGGGCUAACAGAAGGAGGUCAAGAUGAUUUCUAUGGUGUCAUUAAACACAUUUAUGAGUUGGAAUACAAUUCAACAACCACAGAAAAGAAAAUUGUAUUAUUUUAUUGUGAUUAGUUUGAUCCAUCGAGAGUAGGUACAAGGGUGGAUUCAAAGUAUGGCAUUGUGGAUAUUCGAAUGGAUAAAAGAUAUGUGUUGUUUGAUCCUUUUAUAAUUGCACAUAAUGUACAACAAGUGUAUUAUGUACCAUAUCCUACAUCACGCACGGACAAACGAGGUUGGUGUGUUCCGAUAAAAACUAAGCCUAGAGGUCGCAUUGAUUCGAAUGAUGUAGAAGCCGAUGUGCCAUACCAAGUGGAGGAAAUGUCACAUGUUAAUGACAUCAUUGAAGUUGAAGAAGUAGUCCGAUUACAAGAUGUAGAAGCUGGUCUUGAAGAAGUGAACCCUAACAAUAUUUCAUCAUUUCAAGGGCAGAUAGAUGAAGAUACAACGGAAUCAGAAGAAUACAAUGCAGAGGGACAGGGUGAAGAUGACAAUGAAGAUGAAUUUCAUAGUUCUAGCACUGAAUUGAGUUAGGGUGUGUCCCUCCUUAUUUUUGUUGCAUUUAUAAU